UCGUCGCGAGGUUUCCGUCCUACCGAAAACAACGUUUUUUCAGUUGCUAUUAAAAGUCCGUAGCACAUAAAACUCGCCGUUUAAACCAGCGCAGCAUUUUCUCUUCUUAUCGACGAUUGCAAUUUUCUUUUUAUCGCGAGUGACAUUUAACUAUGACAUAAACGAGUUUAGAAUCAUUUCGAGCACGAUCGAUAGAACUUUUGUUUGGUGUACGAGUUGAAAUUUAAUCGAACAAACGUAGACGAUCAUUCCGAUGGAAUUUCAUUGGAAUCGUAUAUUUCCAGAGAAUACAAACUUGGCGCGCCCGUCGGGUUUUACGCGAUGAACGUCUUCGUGUAUCAACGGUAGAAGCGUUAUCGAAUUGUUGAACAGUUAAAUUGCGGAAGGUCGGACAACCGACCGAUCCCAGGAUACAGUUUGUAAUCGGAUCAUCGAAUACACGGUGCAAGUGAAUAAGCUCGUGUUAUUUUCUUAGUUUUAUUUCGAAGGGAGCUCUCUUUUAUCGCAUGUUGCACAAGAAUCGGGUCAACUAUUGUGAGCAGCCUUGAAGGUAGUUCCAAGUUCGGUCGAGAAUAAAUUAUUUCUGACUCGUUAUCAACAGUGUGUCGUGAUUUCGCGAGAAAUUCUUGAAACGAUUUCGUUGUCCAUAUAUAUCAACGAGUUCCCAUGUCGAAUAGCGGAGCUUUCGCAUCUAAAAGUUGUGUAUCUCUGAAAUAAUUCACUACUUCGUAUCGUUGCGCAGAUUUGAAUACUCCGUUGUUCGUUGUUCAGGAUACUCGGUCAGGAGUAUCCCGAGAACUCGAGUUUACCGCUGAACGAACAAAACUCAAACUAUACGUUCGAUUCAACGUUCGCCGAGUAAGUCUGCCAAUUGGUCGAUUAACGUGAAACGCGUAAAGUAUAAUAAACUCGACAUCGAAGAAUAGCGUUUUCUCAUCGUCCUGAGAGUGAAGGUCCAACGGUUUCUUAGAAAGGUUGUGCCGCCGGAAGUGUCCGUGAAAACGUGCCAGAUUUCGAUUGCUCGAGGUGAAGCCCCGCGAAAUCGCAGCAGCUAGAGGUCGUAUUCGAUCUUUCCAGCCGCCGAUGGGAGAGACGAGAAAACCUAAAGGGCGGAAAAAUGAUCACCGUGCCGUUAUCCGCUUCCAGUCCUUAUGCGAAGGUUACGUCCUACAGCGAUGCAAGCGUUAUUGGCAACAAGCCUACAGUCCAGCAAUUCCUAAGAGACAUGAAGGAACAUUCAGCCUCGUCCCGAUUCGAAGGCAGGGAUGUACCUCAAAGGUCGCAAAGCAGCGCGGCCAGCUUGAUGUCCUUAGAUGCUAACAUAUCUCCAAGUUCUUCCCAUUUCUUCGAGGUGCUUUACAUAGGAAAGCUCAGAGUAUCUCAUCCAAAAGUAUUGGAGUCUUUUAUCGACGAUGCGCUUGUUAGGUUUCGCGUUCACGGUCUCGACAAGUCGAGAUCGUCAUCGAGUAAUCUCGCCGAGUAUCAGCGUCAAUCACUUUUAACGUCUUCCAAUAACAGGAGAAAUAGCGAGGAAUCGACGGGCAGUGCCAGCGAGACCGGAAGCGUAGAAAAUGUGUCAGGAAGCGGCAUCAUAUCGCCAAUUAAUUCAUUGGGAGUGCCGUCGACACUCACGGGUUCAGUGGAAGCCAUUCCAAAGCCGCAAAAUGCCAGCGUUGCGGUGAAAGACGAACACGAGGAGAACCGGGACGCGGCAAACAACAAUUCCGUGCAAGUGCCGGAAGUUAUGCGGAACCGAGCAUCUUCCACUGGCAGUGUCUUGAAUGCUAGGAGGGAUUCCAUGUUAAAGGCUGGCGACGAACAUAAUCGCACGAUGCUCCUCCAGGUAGGCCGUCAUGAUUUGAGAUUGAUUAGUCCGGAUAGGAAGCAGGUGCUUCUUCACAAACAACUGAAGGACGUGGUCAGGUGCGUUCACGGUAUUAAGAAUCCGGAGCACUUUGGCUUCAUUUCCAGGGAGAACAACGUAGAUUGCUUCAGCGGUUAUCUGUUCAAGUGUCAGUCAGGAUCCGUAGCGGAUGACCUUGUCACUGCUAUCUCGCAAGCAUUCGUUGGAACUGGCGAUAUAAUAAGAAAGGAAAGGUACUCCGUGUUUUCGUGCGAACACUGUCCCAUGUAUUGGUACAACAAGUUGUGCCAGGAGAUCGAAGGGCAGAAUGACAGAAGGACGCAGAACAUAAUUUUCUCGCGAAUGGAACUGCUGCCGGAGGACGAACAGGAGAUCGUCGUUAGCAAGUACAAAAGCGCCGAGUCCGCUGGCGGCACUGGGACGACUUUACGCGAACAGAAUCAGUUUUUAAUGAGGUUGUUGCGAGUUCAUUGCGAGGGAAAACAAGCCAGGCAUGUUCACGAUACGGCUGAGAAUAGGAGUGAAUUUCUCAACCAGUACUUAAGUGUGGGCGUCGGAAGCACAAUAUUCAUGAAAGCGAAACGCUCGCUUACAAAUAGUUUUGAUAAUCUGAUGAAGAGAAAGGGUUCGCGGGACGACCUUGGUCUUGUCUCGCAUUUGAGGGACACGAGCCACUUAAAUACUGUGAUAAAAAGUGCUAGCCAAAGCCCUGAUAUUUCGCGACAGCCAUCUAUGGCGGACAUCUCCUUGGACUCUGGUAGACCAAGAUCAUUGAGAGUUUCACCCGAGCAACAAUUGACUGUGAAUACUGGACCAAAGAGUCCUAUGAUGGACAUUUUCUUGAAGGUAGGGAAUUCGCCGAAAAUGUCACCGACCGAGACCGAUGGAAACAAUUCGGUGCAGUCGAACAGUUCGUGGAGGCAAGCUAUAUUGAAUCGAGUUGUAACUCCUAACAAAGAUCACGAGAAAGAGAACGAUAAGUCAGAAAACAGUAGUAUUAUGAAAACCCCUGAAACAACUCCGAAGCAGAAGACAAGGCAGGAAUUAAGGGAUCUCUGGAAGAAAGCGAUAAAUCAGCAAGUGAUAUUAAUAAGAAUGGAGAAAGAGAACGCAAGGCUUAGAGUGCGCCAAGAAGAGGCAACUGUUAAGAGAAUCAAGUUGGAAUACGAUGAACUUAGCAGUUGUGCUCGCGAAUUGAUGGAAGUAUGGGAUCUUCUGGUCAGUAAAGAAUCGAGAGUCUCGACGAAAUGUGAUAAUCAAAUGCUUUUACAUGCUAUUAAACAAGGUGUACCAAAAGGAAAAAGAGGAGAAGUAUGGCAAUUCUUAGCUGAACAAUUUUGUUUGAAGCAACCACCUAUAGAUACACGCGAUUUUCCUAACUACAAUACACCAUACGACUUGCUUUUAAAGCAACUUACGUCCCAACAACACGCAAUUCUGAUCGAUCUGGGUCGAACGUUUCCAAAUCAUCCAUAUUUCAGUUCACCGUUAGGGCCUGGACAAUUAGCAUUGUUCAAUUUAUUGAAAGCUUACUCGCUUCUAGAUCACGAAGUCGGUUAUUGUCAAGGACUCAGUUUCGUCGCUGGCGUUCUUUUAUUACACAUGUCAGAGGAUCUAGCGUUCUUCCUCCUGCGGCACUUGAUGUUUCGACGGGGCCUAAGGAAACUGUAUCUUCCCGAUAUGGCUGCGUUACAGCUGUACUUAUAUCAAUUGUCUAGAUUGCUACACGAUAGGUUACCAGCGAUUUAUAACCAUUUUGAUAAGCAUGACGUUUCGCCCACGUUGUAUGCUGCCCCAUGGUUGCUGACUUUAUUCGCGAGUCAGUUUCCAUUGGGUUUUGUAACCAGAGUUUUUGAUUUACUUUUCCUGGAGAGCACGGAAGUACUUUUCCGCGUGUCAAUGGCAUUACUGCAGGACCAUCAAGAUCAAUUACUGAUCUGUGACAGUUUUGAAGAAAUCAUGGAAUAUCUCAAAACACGGGUACCAGCAGUAGACAAAGAAAUUUUGGACCGUGUGAUGAAACGUGUAUUUUAUCCUGAUCAAGAAAUUACAAAACAAUUGAACGAAUAUAGAGUGGAGUACCAAGUGUUGCAAGAAGAGAUGAUGGUCGUAAAGCCACAAGUAGAAAAUAUGGAGAAGCUGAAGGUGAUCAACAAACAGUUGACGCAAGAAGUCGCGCAACUUAGCGAACAACUUGAAAUCACCAUGAGUAACUUCCAUCGUCUAGAAACGGCGCGAUCGAUGCAGCAAUCGACUCUCCUCAAGCUCGAGUCUCAAAAUCGCAGUCUGGAGGUGACCGUUUCAACGUUGGGCGCGUUUGUUCAACAACUGUCCGACACGCGUCCAGAUAUCGAGCUUCCAGGCGACAUUCGUCGAAUAAUCGCACAGCUGACUCUAGCCGAGAAACGGAGAAACGUUUCUGGCGAACGCAGAUCCUAUCCAUUGAAAGUGAUAGAGGAUAACAACAAGUUUGCAAUGAUCAAAAGUAACUCCACGGGUAGAGAUUCCCAUAAUUUUAUGAAGAACAGUAAUAUCGCAGUAGAAACACCGUAUCCUCUUAAGUCCACGUUAAGUCAACCGAAUUUAGCAACCAAGCUCGAGAGGGUCUCGUCGUUCUUUUCUAACUCGCACAACCAUAUACAAAAGCAACGGGCACAAUUGGCUGCUCUCAGGAACGAAUAUUCGACGGAACAAAUUGUCAGGAACGACGAAAACGAUCCGAAGACGGUGAAUAUAGACAUUCAGAUCACUGACACGAUGAACUCGACCGAGGAGCCAAUCAUACAGAACGAUAAGCACCUGAAGGUCCAAGCUGUGAACUUGGAGAAGUCGGUUUCACUGCCGUUAAAUAAUCGAAUGAAGCUAAAGUCGUCCAAGUCCGCAUACGAGCUGGGAUCAGUGAAAAAAGUACCAACCACCAAACUGGAAGCCACAACCGAUGACGACGAGGCAAAUCUGUCGGGGACCGUGCAUCCGUUGGAUACUUGUAGCGACGUGAACUUCAAAUACGGGGGCACGACGAAGUUGAAAUCGAUUAAGCCGGCCCGACUUCCAAGCCCGAGUGGCCAAGAGGACGCCGUAAAUAAGAACGCUCAAAGCCAAAAUGUAGAGACGUUGAACAGAUAACAAUUGUUUAUGAUGUUACGCUCAAGGAAGAUACCUUGGAAGAUAACAACUUUAAGGAAAGUAUACCCGAAAAACUAAUAACGUGUUUCAUACCGCGUUAAUCUCUUGUACACACUUUUGAUACGAUGAUCGAUUUUCAUUUUUUAACGAACGUCUGUUUGCCUAGCGGAUUGUCGAUCGAAACGCCGGGACCUCGCACUUCCCUUUUAUGAUACUUAUACCAAUGAUUUAAUACCUUAAUAAGAGUGGAGGAUUAGAAAGAAUUAGAAAACAGAGUCAAUUUAUAACAUACAUGCAUAUAUAUUGUAGAGUCGAUUAAAUCUGCAACCUAAAAUAUUUCCGUUGCUUUUGAUGGUACAAGAAAAUGUUUAAAACAUAUUUAUUUCGAAUGGGCAAAUAUUGCGAUAAAGAUCUCUUUCUCAAAGUCAUAUUUUUCGAAAGUUUAAGGUUAUGGAUUUUUUGUUUAAAUAUAAAGUGAUAGAUUUUAUAAUAAUAAGUUAAAUUCAGUCGACAUGUUGAACUUCGAAUGACCAGAUGAAGAAUUAUUCUUAUGAAAUAAUUUUAAUAAAAGGACUAUCACUAACCGUGAAAUGUCGAAAAAUGUGACGUCAAGCAAAGAAUCUUUAUCGUCAUAAUAUUUAUCCCUUCAAAACAAAUAACUGUUCGAUGAAGCAUUGUCUCGUAUCAUUAAAAGCAACAAAGUCAUUUUAGGUUCCAAAAUUGGGACGUCUACCGUGCGUAUUAAGUUAUUGCAUAUGAAAUGUUGGAUUUUGUAGAGAAACUCGUAUCGAUGUGUUUUCGCUAACGAAGUUUUCGAAAUCGUUCUUCGAAGCUUCAUCCUUGAAUCUGAAUGUUUGUAAAAGAAGUAAAUAAAUAGAUAGUGGCCGAGUCAGCACAAUUAUUUAGUGAUAAUGUAAUAAAUAACUCCGACGAAAACAUCCAACGUUUCAUAGGUAAAAACAUAAUGAAAAAAGUUAUUAUCUUAGUGUACGCAUAUAUGUAACAAAAUGAAUUAGAAAGAUGAUUAGGAGGAAGUCGUCGGAUAAGUUAGAACUUACUACAAGUAUGUAUCUAUUUCGCAUAAGUUAUGUUAAUUUUGACUCGUAGGAGAAAAUAGGGAACAUUUACAUGAAUAUAGUACAUACACUUGUUGCCGAUAAGGAAUUUGUUUUGAACGGCGGUAACACAAAAAAUAUUGGAUUCUAUUUAACUCUGUGACGUAAUAGGAUUUUUAUAAACAACUGUAUAAAAUGUAUAAAAUGUAUCGAAGGUUAAUGUGUUACUGGUGCAAACUAAAUUUCUUACAGUCUGGCAAACACAGUCAUAUCCGUAAGUUAAAAUAAGUAUCAGAAUGUAUAGUAGGUUGUGUGCAAAAAUAAUAGGAAUUUGUUUAAGAAAUAAACGUUGAGUAUAGAAUAAACUCGGUUUGUUCGAUUAAUGAUAUAUUUUCUGUUAUUAGCGUAGAAUGAUCCGAUAUUUUUGUUUGUCAACAAAAAUACCGUUCUAGAAAUAAAAAAUAAAUUGACUCCACUUUCUCUUAAGGCGUAAAUUUCCUACCUAACAAAAGAAGAUAUAUCAUUGCCUCAACAUGAUUGUUUCUAAACUAAAAAAAAUUUCUAUUACUUUUGCCUGAACCGUUGAGAGAAGUGCCAAACUUUCCAAAAGUAAAGAAUUGUGAAUAGCAAGUAGACAAAGGCAAGUCUUAAAUAAUUAUCACAGAACGUGUAACUAUAUCGUGUAUAAUUGGAGACGCAUAUUUAUAAAAUAUAAUUUACAGGCUUUUGUGCACUUUAUAAGAUUCGAAGAAUCAAGUAUUACUAUUUUUGCACAAAGUAAAGCCUUGUGAUAUCAGGGAUGUAUGUAAUGUUAUUCAGCAUUCUUAUAGUCACGAAUCGUUACCAUUUCUCGACACAAAAUCGCGAUGCUGAUAGGUUAUAAAAAUACUCAACACUGUCGGUGGUGAAUGUUAUGAAACAUUUCAUUGACAGUUUAUCAUGAAAUUAUUUUCAUUCGACAAGACAACAUAUUUUCAACUCAAAAUAAUACCAAUUCAUAAUAAUCAAAAGUACGAAAAUGAAGAAUGUUCAGCAGAUGUUUAUAUAGUGAUCGUUAAAACAAUAAAAUAUUUUGUAGUAUUCGAAUUUAUAUCUUCCGGGUAGUGAUUUGUACGGAUAGAUGUUGAAAACUAAUUACGAUUAAGGAUAUGGAAAUAAAUGUGUAAUUGUCGUGUUGAAAUAUUUGUAGACUUUACGAUCGUGUUACUAUUGUUAGCAUAGAUGUAGUCAUGGCCGUCGUUUGUUCUCCUCUUAAUUUUAUUGUGAUAGCAGUAAAUGUACUUCCAUAAAAUAAGAUAUUUUGAAUAAGUAUACAAGAUAUUGUCAUAAAAAAGAAGUAACGGAACAUGGAUUUGUACUACUUUGUAUAUAUCGAGGAAAUUUACACAAUUUUCUCUGACAACUGUACUGAAAAUUUCAUAUCUCAGGUGACCAUCCCCAAAUUUCUAUUAAUAACGUAGCAUUUUCAAAACUUAAGUUGCCAAUUACUCCAGCUUGAUUUUCAUACACACGUGCAUUAUCCAACGCAAAUGUGCGUUAAAAAAAAAAAAUUGAAGGACGUAAAAGAGAUCAACCUCUUUUAUAAACUCUCGUGAAUGUUAUUUUAUUAUCCUGUAUGUAGAUUAACAAAUCAAAACAUGUGCAAUUGUUUUAUUUUUGAACGAUUAACGUACUGUUCUGUUUCAAACAUGUGCUGAUAAGAGAUUUUCUUCCGUCUGUAUAUUAUAUACAAUUUUCAUUAAAGUUAGCUUUAUAAUCUUUAA